UGAGGACGUAGCACAGAGAGCUUCAUCCACUUCAGGCUAUUGACACAGUACAGGGUUGUUGACCUUGUUUAUUUUAUUUUUAACAUAUUAAAAAUGGAAGGGAAUAUUUGCAACAUCCAGGUGCUUCUUCGAGCCGCAGAGUUUGUGGAGAGAAGAGAGAGAGAGGCAGAACAUGGCUAUGCUUCCGUACUGCCUCUCAGCCCAGGUCUGUCUGAUAAGAGAAGCAAACAGAAGAGCAAGAAGAUAUCUGCUGGUGGCAAUAGGUCUGUUCACAAUGAGCUGGAGAAAAACAGACGAGCUCAGCUAAGGCACUGCCUGGAGCAGCUCAAGAAGCAAGUUCCUCUGUCAUCUGACUCAAUGAGAAACACCACCCUCAACCUGCUGAGACGAGCCCAGCUUCACAUAAAGAAGCUGCAGGAGCAGGAUGAGCGUGCGGAGCAGGUGAAGGGUCGUCUGCGCUGGGAGCAGAGGGAGCUGAGGGUGCGGCUGGAGCAGCUGCAGAGAGGAACGGAGAGGAUGAGGAAUGAUAGUCAGGGAUCUACCAUGUCCUCUGAGAGAUCAGACUCUGACAGAGAGGAUGUGGAGGUUGAUGUCGAAAGCAUCGUGUUUGACUGUGUGGACUCUGAAGGACUGAACAUGACACACUCUGGUGCAGACCACUGUUACUCCAGCUUGGACAAAGCCUGGCUAUGACAGGCCUGAACACACAACACGGUACCUCGGUUUAUAUCAGGAGGAGGAGAAAACAUUCCAAAAACAAACAAAUGGAGGACGAGGGAGAAUGGAGGAAGAAGUUACUGUACAAUUGAUUUCUAAUAUUGACAGAAGGAACACAUUUUGGUGUUUUGAUUUUUUUUUUUUUUUACAAUCUGACUACAAGCUAAAGGAUGCUGGUGAUGAAUGAGCUGUGUCCAUUUGCACUGAAUAGCAGUUAAAAUCACUGGGCUGGGUUGGAUGUAACAUUACAAAUAGACAGUAAAUUUUCUGGCAUUAACUAAGCCAUAAAGUCUGUUACUGAUUCAUCAGAUUUUUACCUUCAAGGGCUUUUUAUUCCAAACUUUUAACUUAUUCUUUCCUACAACGUUCUGAAUUCUGCCUUAAAAUCAGGUCUGGUCUAAUAUUCUUUAUACCUUUUCUUCAGCACUAAACUCAUUUUUCAGUAAUGUCUUGUGUAGCAUGCACUUAAUCAGAGCUGUGUUUUAUAUUCAUGUCUAAUAAUGUAAGCUCAGACAUGUUUUUUUUUUCUCUCUUCUGUUGCACAAACUGUCCAUACGUUGCACUUGUUUUGUUUCAUCGUGGGUUAUAUGCAUAUAUCAACAGGAAAACUGAACGCAAAUUAACUGGUCACAUUUGCACAUUUAUCGAUGGCAAAUAAGUAAAUGCCAAAUAUCACUUUGGUGUAUUUGUAAACUGUUGAGUGUGUAAUGAAGUGCAAGGAUUUCGAUGCCUUAAAGACAUUGUGAGAGCAUUAUUGGGGCUACUUUCAACAUAAUGGGUCACGGUUUUACACACUUCUAACAUGAACUCAGAUGUUUGUUAGAAAACGUCAAAGGAAAUAAAAAUUAUGCAUGCAACAUCACCAGGCAGGUAAAAUCUACUUGUAAAGAUUAUGCAAUGUAUGCUGUAUUACAAGUAUGUAUCUUAUUCAUUGCUAUGUAUUUAAUAACUGAAGGUGUACAGUCUGCCUUCACUUGUGUAUAUGCAAGAUGCCUUAUUUACCAUGUUAUCGUAUGUAUGCAUUCAUCUGUCUCUCCGCCCAGUAAUAUUAUGUAGCAAUUUUGUACUGGUGUAAGCUUUUUUUUUAUGAAUAAAUAUUUUCUAUAUUUAUGUGCUA